UAAUAUCGUAGUGAAGAAGAGUGCGGAGUCGAAAAAAAUCUUUUGUGUGUUUCGCGUCGGCCAUUAAAACACUUCAGCCAGCACUCCUCGGGGGCGAACUGUCCGCUGCAGCCUGAGCCUUUUCGGCGAUGAAGAAAGCCAAAAUCAUCCGCUGAAAGUGGCUUUUCUAUCGCGUUUAAUUACGGGAUUCGUGUAUACGCUCAUGCAUACUACUAGUUAAGUGUAUCGAUAAGGUCGAAGUUCAACGCUGUAUACGUGAAAUUUUAAGAUUUUUAGAGACAACUUUGACGGAGCACCUUUUUUCCUCUGGAUGUAAGAAGAAAAAUCUUGUGAAUCAAAGUGGAAUCGAUAAGAAGAAGUGUUUGUUUCUGUCGUUUGUCAGCGGAUUGUGUGUUGUGUUGCAAAAGUGUCAAUAUAUUUUUGGAUCUCUGUCAUUUUUGAGUGAGUGUUAUUAGGGUCUAUGAACUGUUGAAAGAAUUUAUUAUUUUUUCGCUGAAGCCGCUUGGAGGAAAGUGAAAAAAGCACCCCGGCAAUGGAGGACCCAAACCGGAUGAUGGGGCACGGCCUGGUGCCGCCCAACUAUGGUAUGCCGACUAACGACGGCCAAUCAGUAGACAACGAUCCCCGCCGGCAGGACAUCGGCGAAAUUCUGCAGCAAAUCAUGAACAUCACGGACCAAUCGCUGGACGAGGCCCAAGCCCGAAAACACACACUCAACUGCCACAGGAUGAAGCCAGUGCUGUUUGCGGUGCUGUGUGAGAUCAAAGAAAAAACAGUUCUGUCGCUGAGAAACACCCAGGAAGAGGAACCUCCAGAUCCACAGCUGAUGCGCCUGGAUAACAUGUUGAUCGCGGAAGGUGUAGCCGGACCGGAGAAGGGCGGUGGUGCAGGUGCGGCGGCCGCAGCUUCGGGUGCGGCCAACGACUUUCUUUCGCAAUCCGACCUAACCGGUGGACAGGACAACGCCAUCGAACACUCAGACUACCGGGCCAAGCUAGCACAGAUCCGGCAAAUCUACCACCAAGAGCUGGAGAAGUACGAGCAGGCUUGCAGCGAGUUCACCACCCACGUUAUGAAUCUACUACGCGAGCAAAGUCGCACCAGACCCAUCACACCGAAAGAGAUCGAACGAAUGGUACAAAUUAUCCACCGGAAAUUCAGCUCCAUUCAGAUGCAGCUCAAGCAGUCCACAUGCGAAGCUGUCAUGAUUCUGAGGUCCCGCUUCUUAGAUGCCCGGCGGAAGAGACGUAACUUCAGCAAGCAGGCCUCUGAGAUCCUCAACGAAUACUUCUACAGCCACCUCAGUAAUCCCUAUCCUUCCGAGGAAGCUAAAGAAGAACUGGCCAGAAAGUGCGGCAUUACCGUUUCCCAAGUAUCGAAUUGGUUUGGAAACAAGCGUAUUCGCUACAAGAAGAACAUUGGCAAAGCUCAAGAGGAAGCGAACCUGUACGCAGCGAAAAAGGCAGCGGGCGCCUCGCCGUAUUCCAUGGGUGGACCUCCGAGCGGAGCGGCAACUCCAAUGAUGUCCCCUGCACCUGCCCAAGAUUCGAUGGGCUACUCGCUCGGUUCCGGCGGGUACGACCAGCAACAGGCGUACGAUGGCAGCAUGGGCUACGAUCCAAUGGGCGGUCAUCAGGAUCUGAGUCCUUGAGAUGCGGAGUACUAAGUGAGAGUGGUCACCCCUACGAGUGCUCAGCAGAGUAGGUCAUAGUGGCACAGCAGCACACAACAGAAUGUAGUAGGCAAGUGUAGGAAAUGAGAGAAUUGGGAGCAGUUUUAGGAGUAAUUUCUAGUUUAGUUUAAACCGGGUACAGAUACGAAAUGCGCGUAGAAUCGGGAUGGUAGUGAGGAAUAGUUUGUUUGAAUUUAAAACGCUUAGUUUCUCAUUAUCAAUGCAGUGAAGAACGAACUAGUUUUUCAAAGAAGAAACAUUAUUUAAAAGUUACUAAUUAAGUUUUAGUAGGCCCAUAAUUUACAAACGAGUGCAAACAUCUCGCAUAGGAAAUAGGGUUAGCAUUUACAACUUUAGGGACAGACACCAGUCACUUGUUUGGUGUUCUUCUUUUAUAAAAUGGGAGUUGCAAAGCAAACCUUUGCUAAAUCGACUCUAGCGAGUAGAUCGCCGGAUGAAAUGUUGCCAGCAAUAAGUAUGGCGUAAAAGUAGUGUUGGUUUUCUUCGCAACUUCUAUUGGUAAAUACGUACAAUUUUCCUUGAAUCAAGCAAGUGUUGCUCUUACCCACUCGAUCCUAACAUUAGUAGAAUUUUACGUAAAUCAUCGCUGCAAUAAGAGUAACUUUUAAAUUUUAGUUAUUUACGUUACGACCGCAUUUCUUUCCUCUUUGUAAACAUCCGCCCAGAUGCCGAGGAGACGAUUUGUUUAUUUAGUUGAAGCGUAUAUUAAUGCCCAAACAAAUCACUGCUUAAUGUUCGCAUCAAUCUCAUCGCCCUUCCUCACCCGCAAUCAUGUAUAUUGUUUUGCAAGUUUCUGACUUGUGGCAGGUCGGAAAGUAACAUGUUUAUCGUCACACUACAUCACAGUUUUGUUUUAACUUGCAGUACCAGUAUGUUUACCAGAUUCUCCUAAUUGACCUACACAAAUCCACUAAUACAAGCUAAAGCGAUAAGAACAAAGUUACAGAUACUUCAAUUCAACCGAUAGAAAAUAAUUUAAAAAAGGCAAAAAACUAUUGUGUAUACCAUUAGGCGAUAGGAAUCAACCGAUACUACAGUAGGCCAUUUAUCAAUGCUACAGUCAGCUCUCAGCUGAUGAAUCUAAACGAACAAAAUCCAUCACACUCAAGAUGGCCAUGGGCGUGGCGGAUAGCUCUCAUUCGUCAAGAAUUAGAACGAGCUGGCCACACUCACAUAAUAUACGUAAAUUGCUGAAAAAGCAAGUUAGUGAAACCAGAAAGUUAUGCGGGAAAACAUUUCGGUUUUCUAGCAAUAAUCGAAGGAAAACAAAAACAAAGCUAUUUUUAGAGUAGGUGCGUUUGGAGCAGUUUCAUUUCUUCCAUCUAAAGCAAACAAGUAAAACGCUCUAGGUUUAAUAGACAACAUACUCUUCAACUCACAUAAAAAAAACACACACAAAGUAUACAAUUUUCAAAAAUUAAAAAAAAGAAACCCGUUCAAAGGAAUGUUUGGAACCCAGAUAUACGAUUCGCUAUACCAAAAUUUAGCCAGGAAGGAUUUGUACUUAAAAUAAUCUAGCAACUCUGUCAUUUACUAACGCAACCAAGAAAAGGAUGUACGUGUGUGCGUUUUAUGCUAAAGAAAAAAACAAGAGAAGUGUUUCACAGCCGAAACACAUAAACACAUAUACGCAGAUAACAAACAACAAAAUUGACAAUAUGUGCAAGCAAAGUAUGAGAAAAUGAAAGCUGAGGAACGAAAGCCUAGUAACUGAGUCACGAACCGCUUGAUACAGCCGUGGAAAUACGGCAACCUGGAAAUGAACCUGGUUACCCGUAUGAAAUUCAAGAGAAUGCGAGUUGAUGAAACAAAAAAUUAAGCGAACAAAUCAUUUGUAUACGAUAAAAUAAUAAACUAUUAUGAAUAAUGAAAAACCGUUUGAAAAUAUACUAUUUAAAAAAUAUGAUCUAUGGACGAACAAAACAACUAUUUUCCCAUCAUUUUAAUAGAAAAUUUCAGUUUCGGACAAAAUCAAGAGCAAGAAAGUAAUAUCUAGUGGCUUUUAUCGUUAAGAUACUGAAGUAGGACGAUGUUUUCCGAACCGGUUUUCAGUUCCAAUUUGGUCCGGUCGAAACCCUAGCAGUGACAGAAAAAAAACAUCCAUGGAAUGAAGCUACUCAGGUAAAUCAACGAGUUUCGACCGGCAAAUGACGCACAUACCCAAACGUUUACCAGAUUUGUCAUUGGUUUAACCGUUUACUGCUUGUCAGUGUUGUGCAUUUUUUAUUCAGUUUUUGGUUGUCGUUAGUUAUUAAUUGAAAUCUUUACUGAUACUGGUAACAUUUAAAUCACAUUGAUGCAACCACCAACCACUGUUAGUUUGACUAUAUAUAUACAAUAAGUUCCACGUUGGCAUUUAAUUGGGUAUAAUUUUGUUUUCUGAUACUAUGAGGAAAAACUCUUGCGAAUUAAUAAGGAAAUGAAAAAAACGAAAGUAUGUAUACGAAAACGAUUUAAAAAUCUAUUAAAUCUAUUACAUUUAAAUUUUAUGUGUACUUAAUUAUAAUAACUGAGAAAAAUACAAAAAAUAACAAAUGUGAGUAAAGAAGAGAACGUAAAUAAGUAAAUUAACAAUUAAUCUUAGUAAAGAUAUGAAGUAAAAUAAUGAAAUAUAAGAAAAACACAGAAA